AUGGAGGUUAUUGGUGUGGGGAUCGCAGUCAUCGACGUGAUACAUGACGUGGCGGCGUACCCGGAAGAAGACUCGAAGAUCCGGUCGUUGGCGAGUCGUAAGUGCAGAGGGGGGAACGUCGCAAAUGCGCUGGUUGUGUGCUCACAACUAGGAGGUCGAUGCCGCUGGCUGGGCGUGUCGACAGACCCCGAUAAGGACAGUGAUGCAGCGUUUGUCCACAAUGACCUCGCUGCUUUCGGUGUGGAUUGCUCGCUUGCGAGCAUUGAGCCUCAAGGGAGCAUGCCAAUUUCGUACAUCCUUUCAAGUCGUUCGACGGGAUCCCGUACCAUUGUCCACUCUCGAAACCUAGUCGAGCUGAGCGACGAGGCGUUUGUGAAGCAAUUAACGCUGUAUCGCGAAGAAAUUCAAGAGGAUGCAAGCAAACCGGUAUGGUUUCAUUUCGAGGGCAGAAACUUGGAUGCAACGGAGAAGAUGAUGCUUCAUGUACGCAAAGAGAUGCCUGCGGCGCCAAUCUCCGUUGAGAUUGAAGCACUGCGCAAUGACUGGGACUCAGCAAUGAAGCUCAUUUCGCUGGCGGAUUACACAUUCAUUUCCAAGGACUAUAUCCGUGAAAAGCUUGCCUUUCAAAGUGCAGAACAAUUUCUCGAGGCUGUAAUGAUGAAGAAAUGGGGUACCGAGCUGAUACACCAUGCUAAAGCACUCAUCUGCCCAUGGGGAGCCGAAGGUGUCUACUUUCUGGAUGUGCCAGAGUCGGCGACGCAUCACUUACCCACUCCUCAUCUUGACAACGUGGUUGAGACGAUCGGGGCAGGUGAUUCUUUCAUCGGAGCGAGCCUCGCUGGAUUAUCGUGCGGAAAGGUACCGCUGGAAGAAGUGUUGAAGACGGCGUGUGAAGUGGCAAGUGCUAAAUGCUUGAAACAAGGUUUCAUCUUGUCUUUGGAAGAACAAACAAAAUGGCAAAAGAAAUUCAACUGUGGAAAAGGAGGUGUUGGCGCAAACGCAGCUUAA